AUGAUGCGCAUCGCUUCUCGCCAGCUGGUCUCCGCGGGGAAGUCGCUUAAAGCGGCAACUCCCGCAGAACUCGCCGCACUUGGCGGCGCUAGAGGCGGGCGCGGACUCGCGGCGUCGGCGGCGAGUGAUUCCAGCCGUGCGAUCGUGGCGAGCCUUCCAGAUCUGCCGUACGAUUAUGGCGCGCUGGAGCCGGUGGUGAGCGGCGAGAUCAUGCAGUUACAUCACGCGAAGCACCACGCUGCUUACGUGGCGGGUUACAACAAGGCCGUGGAACAGCUGGACGCGGUGCGGGAAAAAGGCGACACGGAGGCGGUGGUGUCGCUCCAACGAGCGAUUAACUUCAAUGGCGGAGGCCACGUGAACCACAGCAUCUUCUGGAACAACCUCGCACCCAUCAGUGAGGGAGGGGGAGCGCCACCAGAGGGCGCUCUGGCGGCAGCCAUUGACGCCGAGUUUGGGUCGCUGGACGCCCUUGUUUCCAAAUUCAACGCUGCUGGUGCUGGCGUGCAGGGAUCCGGAUGGGUGUGGUUGGGCCUCAAUGACCGAAAGAAGCUGGCAAUUGUCACGACAGCCAAUCAGGACGCGUGUGUGACUACAGGCCACGUGCCACUAUUGGGUGUUGACGUCUGGGAGCAUGCCUACUACCUUCAGUACAAAAAUAUACUAGCCGCCAUGUCUGAGCGGAGCAAUUAUUCCUACAACGGGCCGCGUCCCAACCCGUUAUACGGCGGCCCGAAGGCCUCUAAAGCCACCAGCUCUAGCAGCCAGAACCCCUCGUGGGUGCGUCGCGAGCCGUCCGCGUCGCACGCCUAUAGCGACUCGAACUGCUCGCCCGGCGCCUCGCCCGCGCGCAGCAACCGUAGCGGCGGAGGACCGUACUACGCGCCGCAGUAUGAAAAUCCUGGCUAUACUGUCGAGACACCAGGACACUAUAACGGGUUCGGGACGGGUCCCGGGUCCGUCGGCGGAAGCUCCAUCCCCGCCGCGUCGCCCUACCGCCCCACCGCGUCUUAUUUCGUGCAGACGCCCGCUCAUUCCGACCGCGCGGGGCUUUUCAGCUCGCCCGGGUCAUCCGCGCCGUCGUCGCCGCGAUUCGGCGAUGAAGACGCGCGGAGCAUGCGAUCCGGACGAGGAGGCGCGUCCGUUGCGAUCAACGGCGGCGACGGCGACGACGACUACGACGAUUUCUACCCCGAUCAUUUGCGCGACGCAGACCGGCGACGCAAGUGGUGGAUCGCAUUCUGGGCGUAUUCGUCGCUGAUCGUCGGGCUGCUUCUGGUCGCAGGCGCUAUCGUCUGCUGGAUCAUCUUCCAACCGACGGAACCAACGUACACUUUCGACUACGUGGCGGUGAACCAGUUUACUGUAUACCAGGACAUGCUCGACGGUAACGGAAUGGCGACGGACCAUCUGUACGCGAACAUGACGUUCAUCUUCUCUAUACGUAACCCCAAUACGCGGUUCAACACGUGGUUCGACGGCGGCGAUCUCUCCAUCAGCUACCACAAUAUGGCAAACAUCAUGAAGUCAACACUGCCGACCUUCCAGCAGGAGCAACUCGAGUGGUCCAGCUUCAACCGCUCGCUCUCAACCAUGGCGUAUCCUCUCUACGCGGGAGGGACGUUUUUGCGCGCGGACAUGGCGGAGCAGUUCGUUCCGCUGAAGCUCAACGCGACGCUCAACAGCCACGUGGACGUGGCGUGGAAGAUCAUCCAGCCGAAAUUCUCGCAGCUGUUGGAGUGCGUGGUUCACAUUAAUCCCGCGUCUCUACAGUACAUUAACGACACGUGCACGCUUACGAUGGUUAGCAAAAAACUGUAG